AUGAACUACGAAGUGUUGCAGGGAAAUGAUGAUGUUUACGAUGAAAUCGGACAGAAGGCCAUAACUCUGUAUGUAGAAAAUGGUCAAGCAAAUCAAAAGAAAGAUCCGAUAGAUGCAGAGAAUAAUUUUAUGGAUACGGACACCGCAGCGGAGACAGACACUGCAGCAGAGACAGACACUGCAGCAGAGACAAACACUGCAGCAGAGACAGACACCACAGCUGAAACGUACACAGCAGCUGAAAAGGACACAGCAGCUGAGACGGACACCGCAGCAGAGACGAACACCGCAUGUGAGACGGGUAUGGCUGCAGAUAAGUAUAUUGAGCAGCCACCUAUAAAAAAAGGUAGUCAGGUUAUAGAGGCUUGGGAAGACGGUUUGGGUCUGUAUAAGCUUCAGAAGUUUCCAAGUAAGAAAGCACUUCAAGAGGUGGUCGAUAGAGCUGCAUUUGGUGAAUGCUUUCGUUAUGUUAUCAAAAAGUCGGACCGGAGACGAUUGGUGUUAAAAUGUUGUGAAGCAACCUGGAAGUGGAGUUUACGAGCUGCAAAGAUUUCAGAGACUGAAAUUUUUUCAGUUAGGAGGUACACGGGUGUGCAUACAUGCUCUCGGUCUAAUCAAAGUAAAAGCAGCAACAUCAAGAGGAAAGGCUCAGCAGAAUUAGUUGCAACUUUUCUGAAUGAGAAAUAUCCUGGAAAACUAAGUACUUCUGUUUCGAAAGAUAUCAUGGAUCUUAUAAAAUUAAAACUUGGUGUAACAAUAUCCUACUUCACAGCCUUGAGAGGGAAAAAUCUAGCUAUUUCUGAGUUGCGUGGUGGUUCGGAAGAGAGCUACAAGAUGCUAUAUAGCUACUUGUAUAUGUUAGAGCAGGUCAAUCCUGGAACAAAAACAGGGGUGAAGUUGUAUGAGGCAAAUAAGUUCAAGUACCUCUUUGUAGCUCUGGGAGCUUGUAUUGAAGGUUUUGCAGCCAUGAGGAAGGUGAUAGUUGUCGAUGCCACAUUUCUGAAGAAUGGAUAUGGUGGUGUACUAGUAUUUGCUAAAGCUCAAGAUCCUAAUUGUCACCAUUAUCCGCUAGUGUUUGGUGUACUCGACUGUGAGAUUAAUGCUAGUUGGACAUGGUUUUUCGAGAUGCUCAAAACUGCUAUACCAGACUCUUCUGAAUUAGUAUUUAUGAGUGAUAGAAACCAGAGCCUAAUCGCGACUGUAGCUAAUGUGUUUCCACAAUCUCACCAUGGCCAUUGUGUGAGAUACAACUUGGACACUAGCAACAGUGUGAAGUCAAUGAACAACGUCUUUAGGGACGCUAGGAGGUAUGCUUUAAUACCAUUGUUGGAUACAAUCAUCAAAAAGUUUUCAGACUGGUUCAAUGAACAUCGGAAGGACUCUGUGGCUGGGUCGAUUGAUACCAAACUGGUUCCUCUUGUCGAGAUUCACUUGCAUAACCUAUGGAGCACAACUGAGAAAACAACAGUGCGUGAGCUUAAAAGUUAUGAGCUUGAGUACGAGGUAACCGACACUGAAAAUGGGAAGAAUUAUGUUGUGAACUUGAUAGAGAAGAGCUGUAGCUGCAAGGUGUAUGAUUAUGAAAAGUAUCCUUGUCUGCACGGACUUGCUGCUUACUUAUAUUUCCUUGAGGUUGAAGCUGCUCCUGGUCGUCGACGUGAUGUCGAGAUAGAGUAUCAUGAGUUGUGCUCGAAAUAUUAUUGGACGGAACUUUGGGCAUUGGCUUAUUACAAGACCAUUUAUUCUGUGCCGGACAGGUGUGAUUGGAAUGUACAAGAUCACAUCAAAGAGCUUCAGAUCAUACCUCCAGAUCGCCUCCAGAUCGCCUCAAGAGGAAGGGAAGAAAAAAGAAUAAGAGGAAUCCAUCUGUUGGUGAACGACGUAAAAGGACAUAAAACAUAA